AUGACGUGGAUUGUGCCCGUCGUUUUGGGAGCUCCACACCUGUCGUCUCUUCCACGAGAUCUCAAGGAGGCCAGCCUUCUCAUCAAGUUCGACAAAACGAGUCUGGAGCAAGAAGUCGUUGUUGUGGACAUGGAGUCCCAGGUCUUAGGACAGUCCUGCAGCAAGACGUUAGAUUCUGGGGCCUUCGCCGACUUCCCCAUCUCUACAGACCUUGAUUCAAACGGUGCAGGGAAUAUCACACUAAACGGGCAAUCAUACAUGGUGCAUGAGCAUGCUGAUUUCUCAGGAGGAAUCACCUGCACCAGAAUGUACAGCGACGCUGAUAGCUUCGUACGAUGCUCAAUCAAGGUCCCCAAUUCCCUACAGGCCAAGCCUUUGAGCGCGGAAAAUAGCAAGGCUUGCUUCACUCGUGGCACACUUGACAUGGAGACAACUUCGAAUAUCUUUGCAGCCCGACUUGCAGGGUCAAAGGAAUACGAUCUUAGUGAAAUCUCACUUUCAACGUCCGAGCACCCCCCAAAAUCAAACGUUCGUGGAACUAGCGGCGCGAAUGGUCCUCCUGAUUGCGCUUGGCACUCUGACGUUGUCCUCAUUGGUAACGGGGAUCCGCACCAGAAUUACCUCCACACUCAGCUUAGUGUACGUUGUGGACUGAGCAUCCCCCCCAACCCCCAGUCCAAACUAUUUUAA